AUGUUUUCUGCUGUUUUCACUCUCCUCGGUAUGAUUGGCGCUGCCAUGGCAUUACCGGCUUUGCGGAUGCGCCAAACUGGCGCAUCUUGUGCAGGCUUGGGCACGGGCGCAACAGAUACUGCGACGUUCAACUUCACGCUCACUGCAUACAGCUCCACGGAUGAGGGUACGACAACCUAUCCGUUGGUACUCGCAUAUGGGCCUCCUGGUGACAGUCCUGCCGCCAGCGAAUGGGUCUAUUCAACGUAUGCUUCAUGGGGCUCAAAUUCGUGGCCUUACAACACCCUUAUAGAGGGCGCAGUUUACCCCCAACCGGGACCUAAUGAACAAGGUCUUGGAGCGUACGACUUCGAGGUGCAAACCGGCGGAGAGGUGGCAUUCUUUGUUACGGUCGAAGAAUCGAAUCCGCAGCCAGCUGAGAUUUAUUGCGCUGUUCCAGAUACUUCCUCAAAUGACUAUGUGCUCGCUGUGAACAACGACCCGAACAACUUCUCCUUAUACAGCCGCGAUGACUUCACCUUCGCCCGACUCAGCGACCUGAAGUUACCAGUCACAUUCCGCAUAUCUCAACUGGAGGGUACACGGAAAUCGCGGCCAUAUACCGAACUUCUAGAGAAACCGGAGCUGCGCUUCCAUGGAGUGCAACAAUCUCCCGAACUUUCUGAUCUCUACGUAACAUGUCAACUGGUGGCAGAUAACAAGCCUCUCACCAUCCCGUUUAGAACAUCUCACAAGGCCUUCAAGAAGGAUUAUACGUGGAAUGAAUGGAUUACGCUCCCCAUACGCUAUUGUGACUUGCCAUUAAGCGCACAGGUUACAUUCACCGUGUGGGACAUAGCAGGUCCAAGGUCUGCGGUUCCAGUCGGAGGGUCCACUUUUCGCCUUUUCGGGAAGAAAUGGAGUUUGAGGAGGGGGAAGCACCGGCUGCUGCUCUGGCCAGACCGUGAGGCUGAUGGUGCCAUUGAGACCACCACUCCUAGCAAAGUGGGGACGCGAGACGAGAUGGGUAGACUAGAGAAGCUUGUCAAGAAGUACGAGCGAGGAGACAUGCCAAAGUCCGACUGGUUAGAUCCUACGACUUUCCGUAAGAUGGCUGAGAUACAUGCCGCUGAAACGGAGAAAUCCGAAAACCUCUUUCUCUACAUCGACCUUCCUCGAUUUGACUUUCCGGUCAUCUUUAGUGAACCUGACUCCUCCAAUACUGCAUCCACGUCUACAUCCGUCGCUCAGCCAGCUCCGCCUGUCUCUGUUGCUCCGCAGCAGAGCGUUCUCACUGACGCCUCUCUUUGGGCUGUCGUAGACCCAGAUGUAGUGCGUGAAAACCCGGUCGAAGACAAACACCGUCGACUUGUCCGUAGUCAUCGAAGCAGCCCAUACGACCGAGAAUUAAAACCAAACGCUAAGAUCAGAGAUGAACUUUCAGAAAUCCUCAAUUAUGCACCCAGUCAGCCAUUGACCUCGGAAGAGAAGGAUCUGAUAUGGAAAUUCAGGUUCUACCUCACGAGGGACAAACGUGGUUUGACAAAGUUCCUAAAAUCUGUGACUUGGAGGGACCCCUCAGAGGUCAAGCAGGCUGUGGAAGAGCUAUUGCCACAAUGGACGGAGAUAGAUACUGAUGAUGCGCUCGAGUUACUGGGCCCUAACAUAGUCGACUCCCGCGUACGGGCAUUUGCAGUGAAGCAGCUCAGUAGAGCGGAUGACGAUGAAUUAUUGUUAUAUCUCCUCCAGCUAGUUCAGGCGCUCAAGUUCGAGAGUGCUGCUAGCGAUCAACGGUCGUCGCGCUCAACGUCCAGCGCUAUAUCCUACGAUGAUAGCGGUUUGGCCGACUUCCUCGUCGCUCGGGCUGUGCGGAAUCCAAUCCUAGGUAAUAGACUUCAUUGGUACCUCAUGGUGGAGGUCGCAACGAAAGACGAAGUAAUUGCAAGGAUGUAUGGAAAGGUUGUGUUCAAAUUUAUGGGAAAGCUCGAAGCUGAGGGUGGCACGGAGAGGCGGGAGUUGAUGCGCCGACAGGGGGAGCUGGUUGCCACUCUCGCUAAGCGCGCUAGAGAUCUCCGCAUGUCUAAAGAUCCGCGGCCGAAGAAGAUAGAGAAGCUGCGCGCAUUCCUUGCAGAUUCGAAGAACAGCCUCGCAUUGAUGACGCCCUUGCCACUUCCACUGAACGCGCGUGUGGAGGUGACGGGGAUUAUCGCAGAGAAAUCGAGCGUAUUCAAGUCGAACAUGUUCCCGAUGCUCUUGUACUUCCAGUGCAUCGAUGGGUCCGAGUAUCCCCUAAUAUUCAAGGACGGCGAUGAUAUGCGCCAGGAUCAACUCGUGAUACAGCUAUUUACGCUGAUGGAUCGACUGCUGAGGAAGGAGAAUUUGGACCUGAAGCUGAGCCCUUAUGACGUCCUCGCGACAGGCCCAGCGCAGGGAAUGGCUCAGUUCAUUCCGAGUAAGACUAUUGCGGCCAUCGUUAGCGAGCACGGGACACUUCUCAACUACCUAAGGGCACAUUACCCGGACGAGGGUAGUGUUGGAACUUAUGGAGUUGAACCUGGAGUGAUCGAUACAUUCGUCAAAAGCUGCGCUGGGUAUUGUGUCGUCACUUACCUCCUUGGUGUUGGUGAUCGGCAUCUUGACAACCUGCUACUUGCUCCAGAUGGCCAUUUCUUUCAUGUCGACUUCGGUUAUAUCCUCGGACGAGAUCCGAAGCCGCUGGCGCCACCUGUGAAAGUGUGUAAAGAGAUGGUCGAUGCGAUGGGCGGUGUACAGUCCGUGCACUACACCCGGUUCAAGAACUUUUGUUUCACCGCCUUUACCAUUUUGCGCAAAAGCGCUAAUCUCAUCCUGAACUUGGUCACGCUGAUGGUGGAUGCAAAUAUCCCCCAUAUCAAGCAUCGUGAUGUGCAUGAGCAGGUACUGGGCAAGUUCUGCCUGGAUAUGACCGAAGAGCAGGCAAUUGAGCACUUCGAGAAGUUGCUCAACGAUAUUUCGCCGUUCACCGUAGUGUUGGAUCGGAUGCAUGACUGGGCACAGUAUUGGAGAAGUUAG